AUGUUUCUAACAGGAUUUGGAGUGACUGCCUCAUCCACUGUAGCAGGGAAGGUCUUGCUUGUUUUCUAUGGGUUGCUGGGCUGCUCAGCGACGCUUCUCUUCUUCAAUCUUUUCCUGGAGAGAGUCAUAACGUUUCUGAGCCUCCAGUUAUUCUGGUGCCACCGAAGGAGAAGCAGAGACAGCGCUGCAGCGGAGGGCAGAGCCAGUGAAGGUAAAAGGAAUGAAGAAUGGAAACCGUCUGUGCACCAUGUCACACUCGUUCUUCUUGUUGUGGUCCUGCUGGUUGCUUGUGGGGCUGCCUCCAUCUAUGCAGCCAUGGAGGGUUGGAAUUACUUUGAGUCGCUCUAUUUCUGCUUUGUGGCGUUCAGCACCGUGGGCUUUGGCGACUUUGUUAGCAGCCAGAGGGAGCACCAUGAAGACACCUGGGCGUACCAGGUUGUUAACUGUCUCCUGAUGCUCCUGGGAGUGUGCUGCACUUACUCCCUUUUCAACGCAAUCUCUGUGAUCAUUAAACUGGGACUCGACAGGAUGCUGAGGACACUGGCCCGGAUGUACAGGGGAAUCUGUCACUUUCAACUUCAGCUCAAACUUUUAUUCAAACUCACUUAUUCUGACUCUGACACAACUAUAUGUUACUCUGAGGAUGACACUCCGCACAGGAAGCCGCUGCAAAUGGUUUCCAGUUCGGCCCAAAGCAUGCUUUGGCGCUCCCGUGCCCCAAGUGCCAUAGGUAAAUGUCUUUGUGAGAAAGCCGAAGUGGAAACAGUGUGCCACUUUGACUAUGACAGGACAGAAAAGGGGCAAGAUAGUAGCUUAAAUGAAAAUAAUGUUGUCUAUGUCAGACCACUACCCACCUCUAUAGAUUAAAAUAUUUGUAAUAUACUGUCAAGAAAGUGAAACGAAGAGAUACAAUUUUGUCUGAAUAAUGUUUUCUUUAAUUUCAGGCUCUUUUGUUGUUCGGAAGACAUUUAUCAUAAUAUUGACUUUAUCUUGAGCUGUAAUGGUUAAAAAUCGCCAAAUAAAACACAUAGGAAGGAAACAUUCUUCCCAAUGAAGAGCAGUGGUAAACGUAGGGCUGGGCAAUAAGACAUUAUAAUUCUCUCUUAAUAGCCAAAUAAAAGCAAACAAAUGUAUAUCAAUAGGAUGCUUAUACAUUAGCC